GGUUCCUAGAGUCCCCCCAACCGCCAUACCCCAUUUCCACAACCUCAUUUAGGGGAAGAAACCACUUUCCUCCGCCACCGCCUUCUUCCUCUAUUUAUCCAUUUCAUACGCACAUACAUUUACAUAAAACUUAAAUGGAACGCCUCCGCCUCUGCUCACGAGUCCUCCUACUAGCACUCACAAAUUUCCUCAUAUCAGAAGUGCAUUCAUCAGCCACAUUUACAAUAGUAAACAAGUGUGAGUUCACAGUUUGGCCAGGCAUUUUAUCAAACGCCGGGAUUGCACCACUUCCUACCACUGGUUUUGCUCUGCAAAAGGGGGAGACAAAAACCAUGGCUGCGCCGUCUUCCUGGGGUGGCCGCUUCUGGGGUAGGACACACUGCAGUGAGGACUCAGCAGGCAAAUUCUCUUGUGUUACUGGCGAUUGUGGCUCCGGGAAGUUGGAAUGCUCUGGCGGUGGAGCUUCUCCUCCGGCUACCCUGGCGGAGUUCAAAAUCGACGGAGACGGUGGCAAGGACUUCUACGACGUUAGCCUUGUAGAUGGGUAUAACCUCCCAAUGCUUGUAGUCCCCCAGGGUGGAUCCGGCGAUAACUGUACAACCACGGGAUGCGUGGUGGACAUGAACGGCGCGUGCCCUUCCGAACUCCGCGUGACAGGCGUAGGCGGAGAGAGGGUGGCUUGCAAGAGCGCGUGCGAGGCUUUCGGCAAAGAGCAGUUCUGCUGCAGCGGCGCGUAUGGUACACCCGACAGUUGCAAACCAUCGACGUACUCGCAGAUGUUCAAGAGUGCAUGUCCACUCGCCUAUAGCUACGCUUACGAUGACAAGUCCAGUACCUUCACAUGCACCGGGGCCGACUAUUUGAUAACCUUCUGCCCAUCCCCAAGUGCAAGUCAAAAAUCAUCAUCGGAUGGGCAAGGCCCGGAAUCCGGAUCCGACGAGAGCAACACUUCACCAUUUGACAACAGCUCAAUGGUGUACGAAGGAGCGUUGGAGGUGAGUGCAGCACCGUCUACGUGCAUAGACGUGGUUAGGGGGCAGGCGGUGGCCGUUGCCGUCGCCAUCACGGCAGCGAUGUGGCGACUGCCUCAGCCAUUUUAGCUUUUUCUAUCCCUUUUUAUCUGAAUCAUCCAUCCACUGCCGCUCAUUGUGGGCCCAUUGGAACUUGUCGGAUGUUGGGUUAUGCGUCAGAUGUGGCCCAGCCCUUUCUUCUCAUGGGCGUCGUGAUGUUCAAGUGGCCCAUGAAUAUGGUCCAUGUGAUGAGGAAAUGAGUCACCUUGAAAAUCAUAGAAAAAAGAUGAUCAGACAGAAAAAUAGGUAGAAAGUUGAUACAGAUCACGAGAUGAGAGGCGGUGGCUGAGAAUUUUUUAUAAUUAUGAUUUCUUAUUUUAUUAUUUUAAUUAAGAUAGACGAGACAUCUAUUUAAUAGAUUAGAAGUUAGAACAAUAUAAUACUCGAAUAUAGUUGAACGUGGCAAAAACGAAAUCAUUUAUCAUUAAAAUUUUCUU